AUGGGAAGGCUAGGGAUUAUCUUGCUGCUUUUUGACUCUGGUCAAGCAGCGAGAAAUCUGAUGGAUCUUUGCAAAGAAGAUGAAAUUAUAAACAUUAAAACUCUUGAAUGCGUCCCUUGUCCUGAAGGAUUCAAAUGCAAAAACGGAAGAAAGGAAAAGAUAAGAGGUCCCCCUCCUGGCUUGGGAUGGGACUUCAAUAAUCACAAAUUUUGCCCAGCUGGUUACAAAUGUGUUGGAGAAUGGAUGAAAAAAUGCGACAGAGGCUUUUAUUCCACGCACAAUUCAGGAGAAUGCUUAAUUUGUCCCGUGAAACAUUUCUGUCCAGAACCUCAUCUUGUCCUCGAGUGUCCUGAUGAUGCUCUAGGUCUUCAUGGAGUCGAAGAAUGUGAGUUUCCACCAGGUCAUGAUCAUCAUCGAUCAAGAAGAGCGGUCCAAUGCAAUGAUGAUGAGUACAUUACUGAUAGUGGCGGUUGUCAAAGCUGUCCUGCUGGUCAUUCUUGCGAUUCGAACACUUACACACGAUGCGCAGAUAAUCAAGUCGCUGCUGCUGGUGCAGCGUCUUGCAGUUCCUGUGGUAAUGGUAAAGUGCCGAAUACAGAUCAAAGUGCUUGUGUUAGUUGCCCCAAUGGAUACAUUGAUGGCACUUUUUGUUUGCCUUGUCCUUCUGGAUCUGACUGCAGCUCUGGAUCUCCAGUACCGUGUCCGAUUGGUGAAAAAUCCACAGGAGGAGGUGCAUGCACUCCCUGUGCUGCAGGUUCUGAGUGCCCGCAUCCGAAUGUGGAACAAGCUUGCAAACAAGGGACUUUUUCCAAAGGAGGCCAAGCUUUUUGCCAACCAUGUCCUGCUGGAUUUGCAUGUACUCUGCAAGGUGUUCUUACUAAAUGCACGCCUGGAACGUACAGUUCUGUUGGAGAUCACUUAUGCCGCUCAUGCAAAGCUGGCUAUUACUGUCCUGAUACCACCGAAACGAGUCAAAUAAGAUGCCCUGAUGGACAUUAUUCUGUUGCUGGCGCGGCGGUUUGCACGGUCUGUCCAGCUGGUCAUUAUUGCACUGACCAGACGAAGAAAGAUCCAUGUCCAACUGGACAAUAUUCCCAAGAAGGCGAGCUUCAUUGUACGAAAUGUGGUUUUGGCGUAUCAUGUGAUUCAAGUGGAAAUAUAAUAUACUGCAGUCCAGGACAGUACCGAGAUGCUAACGGAGCAUGUGUUGCGUGUCCAACUGAUCGCUAUUGCCCAGGAAAUACUGAUGCACCUCUCUUUUGUCCGUUGGGUAUGAUUCCUGACUCCGGGUCCGAAUGUAAAUUCUGUCCCGCGGGUCAGUUUUGUGAGACUGGCGUAGAAAACGGUACCCCUUGUACUCCGGGUAAUUAUUGUCCUGAAGGGUCUUAUUUCGAGACUCCUUGUCCUGCUGGUACAUAUUCGAGCACUCCUUCUUUGACAUCGAGGAAAAAUUGCUUGAAAGCUGGAAAAGGAUUUUGUACUGAAAAAGAAGGCUCGACAACAAGAGACGAUUGCCCAGCAGGAUAUUUUUGUCCUGAUGACGAAAAUUCAUCAUGCCGAGCUCAUCCGUGCCCACCAGGAACUAUGAGAACGACAACUGGAGGAAAAAAUGAAUCAGAUUGUAGUGAAUGUAGCCAAGGAAAAUGGUGUCCCGCAGGAUCAACGAUAGAGCAACCUUGUCCCCAUGGUUUUUUCUGUGAACAAGGAGAGAAAAUCGGCUUCCGUGAAAAAUGUCCCGCUGGAUAUUAUGUCACUGGCAAUGGAUUAAACCCCACCCAGAAUCCUAGUUCUUGCACUCUUUGCGCGGCUGGAUAUUAUUGUCCAGCCGGUUCUGAAAAUUAUCCUGCAACUAGACAAAUUCCUUGUCCAGCAGGAACUUAUGUACUUCCUGGUGAAACCGGUUUUUCAGAUGAAGGGGAAUGUCAUCCAUGCGAGGAAGGGAGGUAUUGUCCUGAACCCGCUAUCGUUAAGGCCGCAAGUGCUUUGAAUAUUUGCCCAGAAGGUCAUUAUUGUCCAAAAGGAACUGUUUCAGAAAAUCAAUAUCCAUGCCCAGCGGGUACUCAACAGUUUUCAACUGGAAUGACGAAGGUCGAAGACUGUAAAGCCUGCUCAGCUGGGUUCUACUGUCCAGUUGCCACUGGUUUUGAGUCUCCCCAGGAUAUGACAUCGAAAGUAGCAGCUGUGCGAAUGGACUGCAACCCUGGAUACUACUGUCCUGAAGGCUCAACUCAUGGAAGUCUUUUUCCCUGCCCGGCUGGAACUUAUUCUACAAAUGCAAGCUUGGAAGACGCUACUGACUGCACAAUAUGCCCAAAAGGAUAUUAUUGCUUAUUCGGCUCAAGUGUCCCGACUGGUCCUUGUCCACCGGGUCAUUACUGUCCUGCCGGAACGCAAUCAAAAAAUGAAAACCCAUGUGACGCCGGAACUUAUCAACCACACUUUCUACAGGUAGAUGAAAAUGCGUGUCUACCCUGUGACGCUGGAAAUUUCUGCGAGCAAGGGGUUGCUCAACCAGUGCCAUGUCCAUUCGGAACGUACUAUAAUACGACUGGAAAUACGGCAAAGAGUGACUGCGAAACUUGUACUGCUGGACAAUUCUGUGGCGCUGGGACAGUCUUUCCUGCAGAUUGCCCGCCUGGAUUCUAUAGCAAAGAAGGUUGGUCUUCUUGUGAAAUUUGCUGGGAAGGAUACUACUGCAUCGAUCCUGGAACAUCUUUUGAGACAAUGCUUAAUCAGUUUUGCACUGGUGGUCGGAUUUGUGAAGAAGGGACAAUUGAUCAAAACGACACUUUUGAAUGCGAACGAGGCUUUGUUUGCCCAGAUAACAUCGAAGAACCCAUCGCAUGUCCUCCAGGAACAAUUCAGUCAGAAAAGGGCAAAUUCAUACUAAGAGAUUCUUCUGGAAAUUCUGAUUGUAAAAAAUGUCCAGCUGGCUAUUUUUGCCAGGAGGCAUCGUGGUACUACAAUACAAAUUUUCUUUGCGACAAGGGUUUCUAUUGCCCGGAUGACAUCGAAAAUCCGUAUAAAACAUCCGCAACUGGUACCAGUAACAUGACUUACGGACCUGAUAUUAUCGGAUCAUAUGGACCCCAACAAGUCCCAUGUAAGCCUGGAACAUAUUUAGAUGAACGUGGUGGCGAAACACAAGAUGAUUGUAACUUUUGCGAAGAAGGAUAUUAUUGUCCUCAAGGAUCCCCAGAAAUGAUUGCGUGUCCUCUUGGGUUUUACUGCCCAGCAGCUGUCGGAGAGCCUGUUCCAUGCCCAGUUGGAACAUUUGGUGAAAAAUUAUAUCUAGUAAAAGCAGACGAGUGCACCGACUGUACAAAGGGAUAUUACUGCGAUUCAGUUGGACUCUUACAACCUCGAGGCCCUUGUGAUCCUGGUUACGUCUGUCCAGGAACAAGCCCUGGAGCUUCUGUUUCUAAUCCAAAAGUUGUAGCAGAGGGAGGAUAUGUUUGCCCACAAGGUGGUUACUGCCCAGCUGGUACUUACGAACCCUGGGGUUGCCCACCAGGAACCUUCUCAAACUCCACAGAACAAGUUGACGCCAGUGAUUGUGAAGUUUGCACGCCAGGAUACUACUGUUCCGAGCCAGGAAAGCCCUCUGUAACUGGUGCAUGUAUCGCAGGGUGUUAUUGUGAAGGUGCAACGCCAGAAUCACCCGACAAAGGUGCUUAUCACGAGUGUCAAGAUCCUUGCCCACAGGGACACUACUGUCCAGAAGCAUCAGAUCUUCCAAUUCCUUGUCCUCGUGGAACCUAUCAACCUCAAGAUCGAAAAGAAUUUUGCUUGCCUUGUCCCCCUGGUUUUCAAUGCCCAAGUCUAGGAAUGCUUGAGCCAAUCUUAUGCGAUGCUGGCUAUCACUGCUACAUUUCUAACGGCGUCGGUGAAAUUUCAACAAAACUCGGAUCCAUCGGAACAAUCAGUCAAAUCGAGCCAGAGCAUCACUGUGGAGUUGGAAAAUAUCUUUCACAGAAAGGAGCAUCGACAGAUGCAAUGUGUGUCUUCUGUCCAAGAGGCCACUACUGCGAUGAAGUUGCUCUUGAUAUCAUUGACAGUAAUGAUCGGAGUUGCAACGGCGGUUUUGUCUGUGAAUCCGGCGCAAAUGUUCCUAACCCUGGAGCUGACGAAAACAGUGUCACUGCCGAUACUACUGGAAAGAAAUGCACAGUAGGUCAUUAUUGCCCUGUAGGAGCUACGCAACUUUAUGAGUGCGAUUACGGAACAUACAAUCCAAUAACAGGCUUAGACAGCAAAGAUAAAUGCUUGGACUGCUUGCCUGGAGAAUAUUGCGAAGGCAGAGGACAAGAUUCUUCAACAGGGACCUGCGCUGACGGUUUUUAUUGUGAUAAACUAGCGAUGCGACCAAAUCCGUUCCCUGAUGAUUUCACACGCGACGGAGAUCAGCCCGGUGAUGAAUGUGAUGCGGGCUCGUUUUGCACCGAUGGACUAAAAGAACAAUGCAAUCUAGCGUUUUUCAAUGACGAAAUCGGUCGAAGUGAGUGCUUGCUUUGUCCUAAUGGAUUCAAGUGUCCGACCACAAAUCUAACUGAGCCAACUGCUUGUGACGAAGGAACUGUUUGCCUAGGACCACCAUCGGUUGAUAAUCCAACUGCAUCUCAAACAACCUGUCUUGGUGGAACAUACGGUGCCACUGGAAAAACUGGAUUUAGUGACUUUUCGCAAUGUAGCGUUUGUGAGCAUGGAAAGUCUUGCAAUAACAAUAUCAGAUCGGAUAUUUCUCCUGGCUAUUUUUCAAGAUCUGCAGCGGCGUCGGCAUCACCAAUCGACACCAGAAGCUGUAAUCCAUUAAGUGACGAUUUGCCUAGUCGAAAUGAUCCAAUUUAUCAAGACAGAUGUGGGCAGUGUCCAAAGGGGUACUAUUGCGAGGGUGAUCCAACGAAACCAAAUCCACAGCCAUGUGAGCCUGGAAAAUAUAACGACGGAAAACGAGGCACAUCUUCAGGAUCCUGUGAUAACUGUCCUGAAGGUCUUUAUUGCCCAUUGCUUGCCACAACUUUAUCCGACGCGAAAGAAUGCUCGAAUGGCUACCACUGUGAUGGUUCUGGCAUAGACUCUCCAGUUCCUGUUGGGUUGCAGUGUCAACCAGGAGAAUAUUGCAAAGCUGGACUUGCGCAAAGCUGCAGUGUAGGAACAUUUACUGCGAUAGAAGGAACUAUUGACUGUUCAAAGACAGUAGCUGGUUAUUUUCAAAAUGAAACUGGACAAAUUGACGCUUAUCCAUGUUCUCCCGGCCAAUACUGUGCUGUUGCCGAACUUGCUGAGCCAAAUGGUGAUUGUCAACCAGGCACAUAUUUUGGCGGAAUAAUGCUCUCUGAUGAGGAUUGUGUUCCUUGUGAACCUGGGUUUGUUUGUGCCGACUCCGGAAUGACGACUUUUAAUGUGACAGUUUGCCCUGGCGGCAGCUUCUGUCUUCUUGGCUCAAGUGAAACUGAGCCGUGCACAGAGGGUCAUUACUGUCCUGAAGGAUCUGAAACAGAGCUUCAGUGUCCACCUGGAAAAUACUGCGAAUCGAAUGUUGAAAUUUACUCCGACUGUAGUGCUGGAGCUCUUUGUGGCGCCGGAUCAGUAGAUGAUCAAGGGGAACCUUGCCCUACCGGUGCCUAUUGUGAAGCCGGCACACCGAUUGCUAUCGAGUGCCCUGAAGGAUACUGGCGAUCUCAACAACAAGGACAAACUGUUAACGACUGUUCAAAGUGUCCUGAAAAGACAUACUGCCCAGCAGAUAGAGUAAAGAUCGACAACAGCGGUGGAGGAGUUCAAUGCUCUAAGGGUUUCAUUUGUGAAGAAGCAAGCUAUACAGAUAAGCUCAAAAGAUGUCCUGCUGGUAGCUCUUGUAGCGAUGGAAGUGAAAAUAACUGUCAAGCUGGCGAAUUUCAAACAGAGGACGGCAAAUCGAUCUCAUGCACCGCUGGUUACUACUGUCCUGACGGCCAAUCUCAACAAACCAACGUCGAAUAUGAAUGCCCCAAAGGCUAUUAUUGCCCUGUAGGAUCUCCUUAUCCAGUUGCUUGUGAACCGGGAACUUAUAAUCAAUUCGAAAGAAAAGAUGCCGACACAGACUGCCUCCCAUGCACAGAGGGCUACGCCUGUCCCGGAUAUGGUAACACCGCUGCAGAUAAGGCAUGUGAAGCUGGUUAUUACUGUCCUGCAGACAGUACAUCAACACGAGAAGAACCCUGUCCAGCCGGUUAUUACUGUCUAGAGUUGCAGAGCAGAGGUGAUAUCAAUCCUUGUCCUCAAGGAACUUGGUCUGAUAGAGAACGACUAACCAGUCAAGAAGAAUGUCAACUGUGUCCAGCAGGAAAGCUUUGUGAAUGGACCACGGAUCCACUUAGCGAUUACAAUGACUUGCAAUCUUGCCCAGCUGGCUUUUAUUGUAUUGAUGGAGAGCAAUUCGAAUGUCCUGAAGGUCACUACUGUCCGACACAAGAAAUGUCAAUGUACAUACCGUGUCCUGAAGGUACUUAUCAACCUGAUUUUGGAAAGGAUAGUUGCAUUGCUUGCGGUAUUGGCCAAGAUUGUCCAUUUUCCGAUCUUGGACGAACAAGCCCAGAAAACUGCAAUGACGGUUGGUUCUGCGCCGAACAAACUCUUCUUCCUGAUUAUAUUUACCCUGUUCCUUGUGAUCCAGGAACAUAUCACGAUGCAGCAUCAGGUGCUCUUACAAGUGCUACAUGCAAAACAUGUGAGGCUGGAAAAUACUGCAACACAAUCGGUCUUUCUAGCUCAUCCCGUUGCGAGGCUGGUUAUAAUUGCAACGCAGGAUCAGAUCAUGCCGCUCCAGACGCAUCCUGUCCUGGGAUUGGAGAGGGAGACAUUUGUGCAGAAGGAAAAUAUUGCUCAUCCGGCCAGCCAGAAGCAGAUUGCAGAGAUGGUACCAUCAGUCCCUUCACUGGAACAAGCACUUGUUUCUCAUGUCCGAAAGGAUUUUCUUGUAAUGAUAAAAUCACCCUCAAUGAAUGCGCUGAUAACAGUUACUGUGAAAGAGGACGACCUCCAAAAGAAUGCAGUCCUGGAGAGUUCAAUGAUAAUAAUCGUGGAACAUCAAGAAAUGCCUGCGAAAAAUGCCGUCCAGGUCAUUAUUGUGAAGGUGGAACUAAUUUCUUACCUCAAAUGUGUUCUGCUGGAACGAGCUGUUUCCGAGCAGAUUCCGAAACACCUUGUGUAGCUGGAGAAUUCUGCCCUGCUAAUUCAACACUGCCUUUACUUUGUCCUCCUGGCAUGGAGUGCUUGGACCCAUCAACUCCGACAACAUGUCCUGAUGGGUCUUAUUGUGCUCCAACAAGUAAUGAGUCCGACUGCCCACAAGGUCAUUUCUGUAAUUCCACUGAAGUCUACCCGCAACCGUGUAAUAUGGGAACAUAUAAUGACCAGUUCAAUCAAUCAGAUGAGUCAGUCGCCUGUAAAAACUGUGGUAAUGGACGAUAUUGUCCAGGUGUCGGCACAACUCAAAGUUCUUCAAGCAUCUGUGAUGACGGCUACUACUGUCCUGAUUCUCAGCCGAAUUACGAAGCAACUUCAAUCAUUUGUCCGCCGGGAAGUUUCUGCAGUAACACCGGAGAAAAAGAAGCAUGCGAUGCUAAAACGUAUUCUCCAACUGAAGGAUCUAGCGAGUGCAUUGAUUGCCCCGAUGCUUUCAUGUGUGAUAAUCAGCAAAUUAUUCCAGAGCCUUGUGAUGAAGGCAAAUACUGUCAGAACGGCGAAGAAAAUACUUGUGGAAGCUCAAAUCUUGGCUAUUACAGAGAUCUUAAAUAUGGCGUCACCGAAGAGGACUGUUUUACUUGCCCAGAAGGUUACUUCUGCGAUCGAACCGGCAUACUCAAUACAACCAAUGAAUGUGAGCCUGGAUACUUCUGCACACAGCUUGGUGAUGCUGCUCAGCCAUCCGGUAGAUACAUCGAUGAUGCCGCUAUCUGUCCCGCUGGAUACUUCUGUGAAGAUGGAAAUCAACGAAAACCAUGUCCUCCGGGAACCUAUAAUCCAUCUCAAGGUGCCAAAACUGAAAAUGACUGCAUCGAUUGUACAGGAGAUUGUCCAUAUGAAGCAAUGACUGCUGAUAGCCAGUGUCCGGCAGGCUACGAUUGUGCGAAUGCUACUGUGAGAUGCCCAGCUGGAUAUUUCUGCGCGCCUGGUGUCGGAAAAGCGCAUUGUCCUGAAGGAACUUGGACUGAUCGUCUCGGACUCAAAUCAGCGGAUGAAUGCUACGAUUGUCCAGAGGGAUAUUAUUGCCCACAACGCGUUGAUGGGGAUCCACCUCUUGCUAGUUUUUCAGACAUAAGCUCAUCGUAUGUAUGCAAUCCAGGAUACUACUGUCCAAAAGGAUCGUCAAGAGGAACUGAAAGACAAUGUCCGACAGGUUUCAGAUGUCCCGUCGGAAGUUCAAUCUAUUUGGAAUGUGAGCCUAUUCAUUAUUCUGGACCAGGGCAAGCAAGUUGUGAUCCCUGUGAAAGCGGUUUUACUUGCUUCUACGCAGAUGCUGACUCGAACGGGCAGAGAAAAUCGAUCAGAGAAACAUGUCCUUACGGAAAGUACUGUCCUGGUUAUGGUGCUAUUUCAGAUCCGCCUGGGGGUCAAAAUCUAUGCCCUGUUGGAAAAUAUGGCCCAUCACAAGGAGCAGCUCAAGCCGAUGAUUGCAAACCAUGUCCUGAAGGGUCUUAUUGCAACAUCCCAGGUCAAGGAACAGAUAACCUGGAGAAUUGUGGCGAUGGAAGCUACUGCCCAGAGGGAAGUAGAGUUGAAGCUCAAGAAGCUUGCCCAGCAGGAAAUGCUUGCAAUAAUGGAGUUACAUUUGAAUGUCCAGAAAAUCAAUUUUCUAUCGAAGUCGGUUCAACUCAAUGCUCUCCGUGUAACAAAGGCUACAAGUGUAAUGGCGGUGAUAAUGUGACAGACUGUGAAGAAGGAAAAUAUUGUACUAGCGCUGGAGCUCUUCUUUGUCCUGCUGGAACCUAUAAUAGCUACACGACUGGAGGUUCUCUUGAGGAUUGCAUCCCAUGCCCUGCUGGUAAAAUUUGUCCAGAAGAAGGAGCAAUCGAUACUUCCAAUGCUCUUGAUUGUGAUGCCGGCUUCUACUGUGCAGGUGGAAACACGGAUAUUUCUAAAGAAAGUUGCUCUGUUGGAUCAUUCUGUCCGUCGGGAUCGCGUUUUCCUACCGCUUGCCCGCCAGGUUAUGAGUGUGAUGGAACAAAUGCUGUUGAUUGCGGCGCAGGAGAUGCAUGCAAGAUAGGAUCUGUCAUUCUUCCAUGUCCUGAGGGUCACUUCUGUAAUGCGACUAUCUCCAGAUAUCCGAUCAGCUGUAAUAGAGGCACGUCAAACUUUGGCAUAUCUGAAGAUAGUAUCGAUGGGUGCACUCCAUGUGAAAAUGAAGUUUGUGAUGCAGUUGGCCUCGGCGGCACAUUGAACAAUAUCGACACCCCAUGUCUUGGUGGAUACUACUGUGAUAAAGAAGCGGACCGACCAGAUUUCAAACAAUGUCCUGCGGGGUCAAAAUGUCCAGAUGACAGUUCAGAAGCUAAAGAAUGCUCUGAAGGCACUUUCCAGCCAUCACAGGGUCAGACAGAAUGCGAAAUGUGCCUUGAUGGUUUCCUCUGCGUGAAAAACUUCACUGAUCCGUUUGCAGAUCCAUGUCCAGAAGGUAGCUACUGCGCUAAUGCUAAACAGACCUUGUGUCCGAAAGGCGCCUGGCUAGGUCUUCAAGCGCAAGUUAAUGUCAGUUCCUGCGAUAGAUGUCCAAAUGGCAAAGCUUGUCCUGAUAGAGGUAUUGCUGCGAUAGCUGACAUGGAAGAUUGUGAGAGUGGAUACACCUGCAUUUCUGGUGCAACAAAAAGAAAUCCAUCAACGACUAAGCUUGGAGGCUUCCUUUUGACAGGUCGAUGUGAGCCCGGAACUUUCUGCGAUAAUACUGAUGUUUCGAAAAUAACUUAUCCCAUCAAAUGUCCUCUUGGAACUUAUCGAGAUCGACGUGGUGCUGAGAACGAGGAUGAUUGUUAUCCAUGUUCGGCUGGCCACUUUUGCGGUGAAACUGGAAUUGAUAUAAAACCAAAUGCUACAACUGAAUGCGCAGCAAAGUUCAACUGUGAUAUCAAAGGUUCAACAAGGUUGUAUGGAGCUAUAGAUGAAUUUGGAAGUUCAUUUGAUCCUCUGGAGCUAGCGCCACCGUCUCUUCCUUUCGAUCAAAAUCCUUGUGAAGCAGGUCAUUACUGCGAAAAAGGAAGCACUUCAACUUCUAAGAGUCCAUGCAAAAAGGGCUCCUACAAUGCCGCAGAAUACAACGACGAUCCUUCCUGCACAGAAUGUACUCCUGGAUUUUAUUGUGAGACCGACGGACAAACCGACGUGAGUGAAGAAUGUACAGAAGGUUAUUAUUGCCCAGCUGGAAGCAAAUCAGCUAGGAAUAAGUGCGGGAGAACAAUGCAAUGCCCAGAAGGGUCAGCAGAUGAACAAGAUUGUAAACCAGGAUUUUAUAACAAGGAGACCGGUCAGCCCGACUGUCAAAAGUGCCCAGAUGGAAAGUUCUGUGAUCCUCGCGAAGGUGGAACUCUUCCUUGUCCCAAAGGUUUUACUUGCAAAAUGGCUUCCGAGGAUGAACCACUCAAAAAGUGCCCGAAAGGAACAUAUAAAAUUCGAGAAGGAAAUAGUGAAUGCCUUGAAUGCCCAUUGGGUAAAUAUUGUGACGGUGCAGAACCUUGGGACACAACUGGCGAUUGUGCUGGUGGCUUUGUUUGCAACAGUGGUGGCUUUGCUGAAUAUCCAUUUGAUACCGCUAAUUUUACUGCCUGCCUUCCUUCCUCAUCAUCAGCUGAGUGUGAGCCUGGACAUUGGUGCGACGGUGCAAGGCAAACUCCUUGUGACCCAGGAUCUUACAUGCCACAUGGAAAAGCAAGUGAAUGUAUCGAAUGUCCUGAUGGUUAUGCUUGCAAUGAUUCUGGUAUUAUUGAUAUUGAGGAUUACGCUUGCGAACCAGGAUAUAUUUGCACUGGUGGUCUCAUACAAAUUCCUUGCGAACCAGGAACAUAUAAUCCGCGACCAUAUGGAAUAUCAAAAGAAUUGGAUUGCUUUCCGUGUCUAAGAGGAUACGUCUGCCCUAACUCAGGAAUGUCUGAUGUCACAGCGGAUAACCUUUGCUCAGCGCGACAUUAUUGUCCAAAAGGAUCUGCAAUCGAGCAACUAUGUCCUCAAGGAUUCUAUUGUCCAAACUUACCAGAGAAUAAUGCUGGUGCUUCUCCUAUUCGUUGCCCAGCUGGAUACGACUGCUCUGAAGGGGGAAUCGAAAAUUUCACAGAGAAUCCCUGUCCACCAGGACUUUUCUGCCCAACCGGAAUGCGUGUAUCAUCAGACGCUAUCAGUUGUCCUAUCGGUAGUUAUUGUGAACCAGCAACAUCGCAUCCAGUUUUUUGUCCACCGGGUCAUUACGGACCUCAAGAAGGUCUCUCAGACGAAGGCGACUGCGAACAAUGUACCGAGGGUUUCUUCUGUCCUGGAUAUGGAAACACUCCAGAUACUAUGCAACCUUGUUUGGCUGGUUACUACUGCCCUGCUGGAAGCGACCGAGGAAAUCAACUCGUUUGUCCCGAAGGAUUUAUGUGCCCAGAAGGUAGUGAAAUGCCAAUUGCGUGCAACGUCGAAGCUGGCGACUCUGAUGGUGGUGUAUAUCAAGAUCAAAGAGGUCAGGCAAACUGUAAGAAAUGCCCCGCUGGCUUUUACUGCUAUGUGAACAACGAUGGCUCAGGUGAAACUGGAGUUGUUGUUCCUGCGCUUUGCCCAGCUGGCUUCUAUUGCCCUCCAGAAACAGGUGACUAUUCCGAGACCAUGUGUGAACCUGGAAGUUACAACGGAGUUCUUGGUGCAACUGAUCCAACUGAGUGCACACCUUGCUGGGGUGGUUACUACUGUCCGAGUGAAGGCCAUUCUACAGGUGACGGAAAGACAAAUGACGAUCCGACUGAAAAACUCUGCGAGGAAGGAUACUACUGUCCAGCUGGUUCUAUCAGUAAAUUCGAAGAAGAGUGUCCCGGAGGUGCCUAUUGUGAGGCGGGAUCUUCUGGUUAUCAUCCAUGUCCAAGAGGAACGUCAAGAUCAAGCAAAGCUGGAGCUGUUUCAGUUGAUGAAUGCAAGCCCUGCCCAGCUGGAUAUUACUGCCGAUUUGGUGAUUCUGGUGAUGUUGAGAGUAUAACUGAGACACGCUGCGAGAAGGGCUUUGUAUGCGUUGAAGGAGCAUAUCUUCCAGCACCAAAUGAUGACAAUAGCACAGAUCCAUUUAGCCCUACGUUUGAUUGCGAUGGCCUAAGAACGAAUGAGACAUAUUCUCACGGACAAGCUUGUAUCGACAAAGCAUACGACCUUGGAUACACUGGAUUCCCAUGUCCGAAAGGAUUCCGAUGUCAUCAACGAUCAGCAGCACAGCAGCUUGACAUCUGCGCUCGUGGAUAUUACCAAGAUCAAUAUGCUCAAUCUGACUGCAAGCCAUGUCCAAGAGGUUAUUUUUGCCAAGAACUUGGAACACACGAGCCAGAAGUUUGUCCAGUCGGUCAUUAUUGUCCUGCUAGACUUGAAAACCCAAUCCCAUGCUCUCCUGGAUUUUAUUCUAAUGUCACUGGUCUUUAUGAGUCGAGUCAAUGUAAACAGUGUCCAGCGGGUCACUUCUGCGAGGGUGAGAAUCACAUAGAUAUUUGUGAGGCUGGUUACUUCUGCAGGCGCGGUGCUUCAUCAGGAAAACCAUCAUUUGACCAAAACGGCAAUGGCGAGUGCCCGAGGGGAUAUUAUUGCGAAGCCGGAACUGUUCUUCCGAAACCGUGUGCUCCUGGCCGUCAUGGUCAGGCAAAAUUGCUUGAAUCUGCGGAUUCGUGUGAUCCUUGCCCUGCUGGCAACUACUGUCCGUAUAAAUCGAUGAACUCGUUGGAAUAUCCACUGAACAGCUUUAAAUGCAAAGAUGGCUUCUAUUGCGACCCACAAAAUGUAACUGAUGAUACACUCAUUACAGUUCCAGAUCCAAUGAACUUUAUCUGUCGCCCAGGUAGCUCCUGCCAAGCUGGAAGACACCAAGAAUGCCGAGAAACUCGAUAUCAAUCAGCUGCCGGCCAAGGAGACUGUCUUCCAAAUCCACAGGGUUCGAUGGCCGACGUGGCCGGAACUGCUUUCCCCGAGCAGUGUCCUCUUGGUAAAUUCUGCAGUUCUUCGUCAUUCUCGUCCUUUUGUGAGCCAGGAACAUACAAUGAUGAAUCAAAUAAUAUGGGUCGUCAGAGCGAUUGUAAGCCUUGUCCAGCAGGAAAGUACUGUAACAACGGUUUUAUCGAAGGAGAUUGUUAUGGCGGAACGAUGUGCUACGGGGGUUCGUCAACUCCAAAUCAAGACAAUCCCGACAAGAUCUGCCCAGAUGGGUACUACUGUCCUGAGGGCACAAACGAAACUCAAAUCUGUGAUGACGGAGAAUUCAUCAAAGGUACCGGUCAGCCAAGUGACGCUGAUUGCAAACCUUGUCUGGAUGGUGAAUAUUGUCCUGAAAGCGCCAAAACAGUAGCUGAGUGUGGAAAAGGAGGCUGGUGCGAAGACGGAAAAUUCUUUCCUUGCCCAGAAGGUACAUACAAUGACGAAACAUCAGGAAAAUCUGAAGCUGGUGCAUGUAAGCCUUGUCCAGUCGGUCACACCUGUCCCCAUGAAGGAAUGACUGAGCCCGAGCGAUUCCCAGCACAAGCCGGUUAUUUCAUUAAUGAGACAGGAUCAGAUAGCAUGGACUUUCAAGAACCAUGUUUACCAGGAUUUUUCCUCGCGAAGACAGCUUCGAAAGAUAUAUUGGAGUGCACUCCUUGUCCUCCUGGAUAUUUCUGUCCCGAUGAAGCAAUGGACUAUCAGCUCGGAUGCCCAGAAGGCUCUUAUUGCGUUGAAACUGAAACUGUGGCAGAUUUAAAUUCUACCGAACCAGCACUUUGUCCAGAAGGAUACUUCUGUGACCGAACAAACAAGAUCGAAAAGUGCCCAGCUGGCUAUUACUGCCCGGAAGGUUCAGCGUUCCCAACAACUUGUCCUCCCGGAACAUAUUGUCCAGAAGACGGACAAUGUGGUUAUGAUGAAUUUACAGGCGAAGAUCUCGGUAUUUCUGCAAAUAACACUUCGCCUUGCCGAUGUUCUUCCGGAUACUUUGAGCUUGAAGAGUCAAAGAGAGAAUCGGAAGAUGAUACUUGCCAAGCUUGCCCACCCGGUUAUUACAGGGAGCUAGACACUCGCGUAACAGAGUCUUGUUUACCAUGCCGAAGUGGUGUUCUUUGUUUCUCACCAGCAAUUACUGACUUAUGGAACGUAACGAUCGCGAAUAACACGAACACUAUCAAGUGUCCUGAUGGCUACUUUUGUCCAGAAGCAGCUCUCGAGCCGAUACCUUGUCCUCAAGGAACAUAUUACAAUCUGAAUGAGACUGACAAUCUCGGCUUAGAAUUUGAAGAAGUUUGCGAGCUUUGCCCUGUAAAUACGUUUUCAAAUUAUGAAAGAUCCUUUGAAUGUUCUCCUUGUGGCGACCUUGCUGAACAAAAACAAGAAGGAAUGAACAAAUGUCAGUGCUAUGGCAAAAACCGCGUGUUCCAACCAUCAAGUGGAAAAUGCCCAUGUCGAACAGGUUAUAAAGCUUCCGAAGAAGAUGGCGAGGAAGGUGAUUGUCGACGAGUAAUUUAUGAAAUCUGCGCUUCCGAUCAGUUCCGAAAGUCAAACGGUCAAUGCCUAACAGAAGAUGCGCUUGAAGAAGACUGCCGAAAUUCCGGGUGUCCAGAGGGUACCUUUGUCGGUGUCAAUACUCAGCUUGGAAUCUGUGAAUGCAAAGUUAGUCCUCUCGACGAAACCUGUGAUAUCAACUGCAGAAGAGCAAAUGAAGAAAUUUUCAAGUUCAAGUGUCCAGAUCCGCUUGAUGGAGAUGAACCGACAUUUGUUAUCGACGGAAUCGAAACAGAUAUCGGUGGUCUGAAUAUCGAAUCUGUCGUAUGCGAAAACAGUGAAGAAUUAGAUCAGUCAAUUUUUAUCGUUUCGAUGGAGAAUGAGCAGUUCUUAGGUUUAUACAACCCUGAUCCUUCUGAACUUGUUGAUUUACUCAUUUCAUCUCGACGAAAACGAAGACAAGCUGAUCAAAUUUCCCCCCGAGAAGGACUUGGAGCAUCAAUUAUUGAACAACCAGUCGUUUGUUUCGAGCUAAAUCAAGUUGUCAUGUUCAUGGUUGAUCAAAACAACUUCCCUGUUUAUGAUGAUUCUAUCCUCUUCAAUGAAGGAGACUUCGACAAUGGCGCAUUCUUGCAGCUCGAAGAAGAUUUACAGUCCGUUACAGAGCCGACUCCUUUCUUUUAUCAGUUCAGAAGCCCCGGUGUUUUCUCUAUUCGCCUUGGUAAGAAUGACGCUGCCCGUCAUAUUUACAUCCAAGUUAUGGAAGAGGAAGGCACAUGCUUUAGCACAGGCCCAUUCUUUUCUGCGAGUCCAAGAUCAUUGAACCAAGCGAAUGUUGAGCAGAAUCAGCAAUUGUUACUCGAACCCGAUUGGAUAUUUAUUUUCUCUUUCAUCGGUCUUCUUCUCUUCAUUAUUCUCCUCUGCCUAUUUAUUUAUUGGCUUACCGACAGAUAUGGUUGGUACCAAACUGUUUACACCGAUACUUGGUACCAUCGUUUCAAUCUUGGAAUGAACCUCUUUGGCUACCACAGCCGCCAGGCUGACACAAAGAUGGAACACAAACUUCAUCCUUCUGCAAAAAUCGGAGUUGUAAAAGAAGAUGAGCUUCCAGAAGACGAACUCUUUGAUUACAAAGAGCAAAAGAAGGUCGAGGACUUCCGUGCUGACAAUGUUUUCAGUCUAAUUGACACUGAAGUGCACCGUGCAAAGAUCGAACUUGAUGACCAGGCUGCCAAUGCUGACCUUGCAUAUGCUCAGACUGAAGCAGAAACAGAGUCUCUCAAGAGAAUCUGGAAGAAUCGACUUAACAAGAUGAAGAAUAAUGACAACCAGGGCAUAAGUCAAGAUGAUCUCGACGAAUUUUCAAGAACUGAGUCUGAGAUUAUGCGAGAAAUUGCCCGCAGAAAAGCAAUCGGUGAAACGAAUGCUGCUCAACUCAAGGCGCUUUCAACAGCAGAGCGUAAGAAACUGAAAGCUGACGCUGAAUUUGAUGCAAAUUUCAUGGCACUCGCUACUGAGCUCAUGGCAUCAACUUCUGAGAACAGAAAAGACGAGAUAUCUUCGAAAAUGCGUGGUCAAAUUGAGUCCCAGCAGCGCGAUUUGCUUACAUCCGAUUUCAAAUUAAUGAAAGGUGGAAAUAACGAAGAAACAUACAGUCGCGAAGAACUUUUCGGUUCUGAUGGAAAACUGCUCAGGUCUGAUCUUAUCUCUCAAGAUGCAUCGACUGGACUUCUUAUUCCAGCCACGGGAUCGAGCGCAAAAUGCCUCAAAACAGACGCUAUUAUCACAAUAACGGAAAAUCACUGCAUCUCACCAGCUACUGGCAGAAUUUUCCCUAUUCGUGGAAAUGUUCUUCUCGAUCCAGGGCGCCUCAGACUUCUUGUUUUCGACGAAAUCACUGCAGAUGUUUCGAACUGCCUGUUGAUACCCUUCGAUUCUUCCGAUCAAGCUCUUCAGACUGUCAAAGUUCAGAGUCCAGCAAAUUUCCGACUUUGGAAGAGUGUAAUCGACAGUACUACUGGUCUUACUGUCCCAAUCAUGGCCGCGAAAAUUGUCGAUAAAAGCUGCGUUCCUGUCGGCAAAUCUACAACAUCUGCUGUCACUGGCCUUCUUGUUCCACAAGAGCCGUACGGAAUGACAGAUCAUCAAGAUGAUCAGCGACAACUCUAUCUGUUCGAAACCAAAGAUCACCAGGAUUUCGUCGCCGAAAGAAAAAUUCAUUUAUUUGAGCUUCUUCUCGACGAGCUUGAAAAAGAAGAUCCAAGUCUUGGCGAAAUCAAGAGUCUUAUUGAUAGAAUCAAUUCUGCAGUUCAAAGCCAAAUGGAAUAUGCCCAGACCAAAUUAUCUCUGCUUGAUUCUCAAUGGCGUAAUUUUACGAAUUUGGGAAGAUUCGGCGGAGUUAUCGGAUACAUGGAAUUUAAGGACACCGGAAAGCUUCUUCCUGUUAUUCACGGCUGGAAGGUCAAUGAUUGUCCGAUUCUUAAUAUUCAUUACGAUUACGAAAACGAGAAAGAUAUUCCUCUUUAUCUUUCUAAAUCUGGCGAGCCAGUAACUAUUGGAACAGAGACUAAGAACAAGUCUGGACAAUCAGGCUACGUUACUGGUUUGAAAUGGUCCAACAAGUUGAAGGUGGUUGAGGAAGUCAUCCAAGUUGGGCCUUUCUUACCGAGACACACUCCGAAUUACGUUAACGCCUUCGAACUUGAAUACGGCGCCAGAAUGAAUUUCAUCAAAAAAGUAAAGCUCAUUGCUGACAAGACUGCUGUCGACUUGGCUGAUAAGAAUACUCCGAUAAGAAAUGAUCUAGUCAACCUCAAACUGGACAAAGAUGACAUUAAGUACUACUCUCAGCAAAUAAGGGAGACAGCGAAAGAUCUCAGAAGACUACUCGAAAUUGAAGAAAAACGCAGAAAGAAUAAAAUUAUGCAGCUUGAGAACUCCGUUUCAAGCAAUGUCGUAAGCGUUUUGACCGAUUCCGAUCAAAUAGAAAAGAAAAUCUUGGAAGACGCAACUAGCGCUCUCGAUCGACUUGAUAGAAAACUUUACAACUACAUCGAAAAAGUUGAAGAUGAAGAGCAAAAUUAUCAAGACCGCCUUGCUGAUAUUGUUGGAACUGAAGAUAUGAAUCAACUAGCUAUGCUUGAACGGAGACACGAACUUGCCCAAGCUCGAGUUUUCUCUGAAUUUGUCGAGCAAAUUGAUAUCAAAUUGCACUACGUUCUUCUUCAGCUGAAUCUUCUUGGAUACAUCGAAGAUAUGGCAAAGGUCAACGCAAAUAUCGCCAAAGAUCUUGUUCGCGGAACAAUCUACGAGUCUUCUUCAGUCAUCAAUGCCGAUAUGAAUAUCCGUCUUCGAAAGAAACGAGAUGAUCGCGGAGAAAAGUUCCUUGAAAAGCUGAAAGAAAUGGUGACGAUUCUCGAACCUAACAGUAAAUAUGGCUUGUUCCAUACUGACAAGAUCGCUGUUGAAGGAGGUAGUAAGAACCUAGAAGGAUCUUCAUCUGAUGAUAUCUUCCAAAUGGUCGAACAGAACAAAUACGCUCUCAAACACAUGCUUGACGCGGAAUACGGCAAAAAAUUGGACGAAGCAUACGAAAUGUACGACAAAAAAGCGAGCGAUGAGCUAGAACAGCUACGAAGAGAAGUUUUGUCCACUAUUCCCUCGGAUCAACAUGCACGCAAAGAAAGCUUCAGACAGUUCAACGAUCAAGCAAAACGAAUCAUUGCGGAAAACGAAAGAGCAAAAGCAAUCGCAGCCGCUAGAAUUGUUGAUGAGGCUAAACGGGAAGGAAAACUCAAGGUAAGGAAAUUCGAAAAUGAUCAUCGAAGCGAGCUGGACAAGGCUGGUCUGUCGAAUCUUUUAACUGAGCAGGAAGUGGACGAUUACGUCGACGAAAUGGCCGCACGGCACAAAGCGAUCCAUGAAAUGUCGCGAGACAAAAUCGAACAUUUGUCAAAGAUCGACGACAGUCUCUGGGAAGACAUUUUCCGCCGAGAAAUUGCGCCAUUCUUCCAGCAAGCAGGUCUCAAAGAAGACGAUCUUGACGACAUGUUCUCCGAUCUUAUGGCAAGUGCGAACCUUGAAGCUUCAGAAAUUGAGCUCGCUACGGACUCAAUUGACAUUCAUCAGUCGGAAAUCAACGACCUGGCUCAAAACAUCGCGGAAAUUGAAAUGUUCAAGCAAAUGCAACAGGCAAUUGAAGACAACGACGACCUCUCGCAAGCUGAAAAAGAUAGGCUCAUUCGAGAACUUGAAGAAGCUAGGCGAAGAGCUCGAGAAAAUGCUGAUGCUGCAAGACAGAGACAAAAAGAUCGUCUCCGAGAUAGGCUGGCGCAAAGACGAGGUCUGGUUGAGCGUGGAAUGAGUAUUUCCGAAGCGGAUAAAAUCCUUGAUGAUAUUCAUCAGUCUGACGAUGCAUCUGAAUCAGAUGAAAAGCAGGAAGACUCUGAAAUGAAUGAUGAACUGAAGGAAAAUAUGCUGAAAUCGGCAGAAGAAGAAGCUAAAAGACAAGCUGAAGAGGAAAACCUCGAUCCUUCUGAUGCAGAGCGAUUGAUGCAAGAACACCUCAGAAAAGCUCAAGACCAAUACGACGCUGAAGCUCUCAAAAAACAACAAGAGCGGGAAGCUCUCCGAAAACGAAUGAAAGACCUCGCUGCGCUGAAAGCUGCGAAACGAGCCGCUGAAGCUGCCGCAAAGAAAAAACGCGAAGAAGAUCUUGCUCGAGAAAAUGAAGAGUUUGCGAACAUUGCCGGCGGUGCAGCAGAUCCAGCAGAAGUUUAUCGUAUAAUGGCAAAACGACACGCACGAGAAAUGGAGGAUUUAGAACAGGCAUUUUUCAGAGACCAAGAAAUGGCAAAACUUGAGAAACAGAACAAGAUCAGAGAAGAGCGCAUGAAACUUCGCGAAAACAUAACCGAUCCUGAAGAACUGGCUAAAUUCGACGCUGAAACUGAACGGCUUCUUGCAAAAGCAGCCAAAAUGACACCAGAAGAUCAACUUGAGCUGAUUCGACGCAAAAAUGAGUUGAAAGAACGGCAAAUGAAGGAGGUCCAAGAUGCGCUAGAAAAACUAUCACCUGAGUAUGCAAUGAAACUUGACGCAGAACGCAAAGCGCAGCAAAAAGCUGAAAUGGAAAAAGCCUCAAGAGAGGAAGCAGCAAAGGCAAUGGCUCUUGAGAUCGAACGGCAGAAGAAAGAAAAGCUCAGACGGCUCGAACAGCUUGAGGCGGAGCAGCGCAGAAAGGACGAAGAAAUGGCGAAAAAGGCGCAAGAAGAAGCUGCUGCGGAACGCGCAAAAUUAGAAAAACGAAAAGCGAUGGAGGAAAAACGACUUGAGCAGAAAACUCAAUCAAAGAUCCGAGAAGCAGCUUCAGACGAAGACGUUGAUCAGCUUAUGGCCGAUCUCAAUGCUCAAAAAGACAUUCUAAACGCCAAGUACGCCAACAGACACGCUGCUCAUCGAAAACAAAUCGAAGAGCGUCUCCGAGCUCGACAAGUCAAAAAUGCCCAGAAAGCACAGCUUGAAGCCGAGUUAUCCGAUCUCAACCAACUUGACUUUUCUCUUCCUACAGAAGAAGAGCUUCGUGAGCAAGUUCUACAUCUUGACGUCAGCGAGUACGCAGCGAAUCCUCUCGCGAUUUUGAAAGAAUUGCCUGUAAUGAAGAGCAUUGAAGAGUUUGAAAAGCGAAUUGCCGAGCAAAUGACGCUUGAUGCAAAUAAACCGGUGAAAGGAUCUAUUGGAAUGCCGUUUAUCGACGUCUUCGACAUCGAAAAUCCAACAAAUGGAGAAUUGACCGUCAUUGAAAAGUGCCCUGAAGAGCUCAAGCCCAAUUUCGUAAUGGCAACGAGACUUAUGGACGAACUUUGCUCCCGUGUCAACGCUCAGAUUCCGACGCUUCUGAUCGCUGAAACGCUACCACAUACGAACUACAGUCAUAAUGUCUUCAGAAACUCCUAUUUCUUCGAUUCUAGAGCCAACCUCGGAUACAUCCACGUUUCAAGAAUGAGAGAACCAGGCCAACUUGCUCUUCUCAUCGCGCAUUUUGCCGCGCACUUGAAAGUGAACGAGUUUACCAACGAUUCCGACCUCGGUUUCCUUUCCGCUUUCUUUGAAACUAUCCGAAUCUUGCUGCAUCUAUCUGCCAAGACGACAUCCAUGAAUCAUCCACGUGCCGCCGCGGAUCACGAUCUUCUUGAAUCACGAGUCUAUGGUCCUGCUUUGGGCUACCAGCCGAUCAAGGAUGGAAUUGUCAAUCUAAGAUACGAUCGAAAGAAAGAGCUUGCUGUCGCUGAACAACCGUCAAGGGCAAUUAUGCAAAAUGGUCAGCCGACAAAAGCAACCAAAUCUCGUCACCGUGAUCAUCUAAUUGAACUCGAAGGAGAAACCAAUCUCGAACUAGAGCAGCUUCGAAAAGGAAAAGCUCUUGCUUCAAAAGCUGGAGAAAAACAACUCGCUGAGGAAUUGGAAAUUUUGAUUCAAGAGAAGAUCAAGAUGAUCGAAGGAAUUCAUGAGAAAGUUUAA